AUGAAUUCCGUGCUAGCAAAGUUUGCGCGCGAUGAUCUGAGUGUACCCUGCGUGCAGGACGAGGAUCUGGGCGCUUUGGGAAACGGGUUUGCUCUUCCAGCCUCAGAUCCAUCACGGUUCCUCGCUCAAUAUACGGAUGUGGACUCGACGCGUCCUGAUGCACGCAUCAAAUUGAACCACGGUACUACUACGCUUGCGUUCCGAUACAAAGGUGGUGUUGUUGUAGCUGUGGAUUCGCGUGCGUCGGCAGGUUCUUACAUUGCAUCCGGCUCCGUAAAAAAGGUCAUUGAAAUCAAUCCGUACCUGUUGGGUACUAUGGCCGGUGGUGCGGCUGACUGCCAGUACUGGGAGACAUAUCUUGGCAUUCAGUGCCGUUUGCAUGAGUUGCGGAAUAAAGAACGUAUCUCUGUUGCGGCUGCUUCCAAGAUAUUGAGCAACUUGGUAUACUCCUACAAAGGAAUGGGGCUUAGCAUGGGCACAAUGAUCUGCGGCUGGGAUAAGUCAGGUCCUGCCAUCUAUUACGUUGAUUCAGAAGGCUCGCGGAUGAAGGGCGACUUAUUCUCGGUCGGCUCAGGAUCUACUUUCGCGUACGGAGUGCUGGACCAGGGCUACCACUGGGAUCUUUCGGAAGAAGAGGCAUUAGAUCUUGGGCGUCGUAGCAUUUACGCGGCUACUCAUCGUGACGCAUAUUCUGGAAAUACCAUCAAUCUGUACCACAUGGGACCAAAUGGUUGGCGAUUCAUCGCAAAUUACGACGUAAUGCAACUCCACUACGAUGGUGUGUCAGACCAGGUGCCCAAUGCACCGUCAGGUGGUUAUGGCUACAAUGUGCGCACAGCUGGCCUCUCUUCGAGGGACGAGUCUGUAUCAGGGCAAUCUAGCGCAUAG